GCUUUUCCCUUUCUCAGUUGUAUAAAUUUCUAAUACAGACACAAGAAAUAUGUUGACUAUCAAAACUUCAGAAGAAAAUUCAGAAAUCGAAAAUAACGACCAAAGUGACGAAAACUGACAGUCUGAAGACUCCACAGAGCAAUAUUACAAUGUUGAAGAGAUCCUUGACGUCAUUGUUAUCAAUGGGGAAGAGAAAUACCUAGUCAAAUGGGAAGGGUACCCUCAUAGUCAGAAUACAUGGGAACCAUUGGCAAGCUUUGGCUCCAACCUCCAUCUAAUAAACCAGUUUAUUGAGAAAUAGAAACCGUCAAAAUCAUAACUGACACUUUAUGGAUGAUUCUUUUGAUCGUAAAAAUGGUAGGAAAAGACUUGGAUCGAGAAAGAAAACUAGUAAAAAGAGAAUCAACAAGGGAGCAACAGUUUUCAAGAAAAAGCCCUCCACUUUGAAGAAGAGCAAUCCUUCUGUUAGAAAAGAUAAUUCCUCUUGACGAAAAAGCCUCCCUUCUGUUAAGAAAGAGAAGUGAUCGUCGAAUAAGAGAAAGCUUAAGAAAAUAGACCCACCGGUGAAGCAGAAACGGAAUAAAAUAUAUGAAGAAGAAAAGGAAAGAAACAAUAGACGGAAGACUCUCCAUUCAAAAUCUCCCUUCAAAUCAAUGCCUUUACGUAAAAAUUUUGACAUUGCCAAGAACCCAAAACCUCUGAGAAAAAGCCUCUCAGGGCUGAGAAAAUCAAAAACAAGAAAACUUUCUAACCAGGCUCCUAAAGUUAGAAAAGCUUCAAAGGAUUCCCUUGUGGCUUCAAAAAUUCCAAAGUGGCCUACCAAUCCUGCACAGGCAUCCAAACCAAUGCUUAUCAAAGAGUCGCAGUCAUCGCAAGACGAUGAAGACACGAUCAGACUCAAUAUUAAGAAGAGAGAUCCUAAAGAGUCGCGAAAGCCAGUCCAGAAGAUCCUUCCUGUCAAAUCCCAGCCAAGCACAGCCGUCCCAGAUACCACUGAAGGAAGCCUCCAGACUGAUAUUCCCUUGAAAAUCGAAAGGAUGAAAGUCAUUAAUAACGAGUUUUGAGCCUACGUCAUUUGGAAAGAAAGACCAGACGGGAUCAUUCCUGACAAAAGUUUUUGUACUGUCCAAGAGAUGAAGAAGAACAAUAUUGAACUUGUGUGUGAUUUCUACGAGUCCAAGAUUAAGAUGAAGAAAGAUACUAAAAGCAAUUAA